UGCGAGCCUAGGGGGUGGGCUCUCCCUCCCAGGCGGGCGGGGAAGGCCGUGGUUAUCGAUCCCGCUGCUGGAGGGAGGCGGCGGUGAAGCAGCAGAGAAAAUGGCGGCCAUGGCUGCGGAGGCGGCAGCGACUGCAGCGGUGCCGGGUGAUGGGGGGGCUGGUGAAGCUGAGCCCGAGAUGGAGCCUAUCCCGGGAAGCGAGGCCGGCGCGGACCCUCUCCCUGCCGUCAGUGAGGCCGUGGAGUCGGUGGUGCCUGAUGGGGAGGAGGCCGACGGGGGGAAGGUUGCUCCCGGCGAGGCCGAGGAGCCGCCGCCUGUGCAGCUCGCCCGGAGCCCGGCCGGGACUCGGGAGCCGGAAGCUGAGAGGACGGAGGAGCUGCCGCCCUCCGCCCCGGAGGUGGGCUCGCCUCAGGCCGAGCACCGGGGAGCGCCCAGCCCGGGGUCCGAGGAGGAGCCGCAGCCCUGCCCGCCGCCUGCUGGGCACCCUGAACUUCCCGAGGAGGAGCCGCAGCCCUGCCCGCCGGCUACUGGGGGCUCCGUGGAGCCGGAGCCCGGGGAGGAGCCGUCCCGGCCGGAGGAGGAGGAGCCGGAUGCUGCUGAUGCCGCCGCUGUCGAGCCCAAGUCCCCGGUGCCCGUGGCUCCGGCCGGAGGGGAGACGGAGGCUCCGCUGCUGCCCGGCUCCGAGGUGCGGGUCACCCUGGACCACAUCAUCGAGGACGCCCUAGUGGUCUCGUUCCGUCUGGGAGAGAAGCUUUUUUCUGGGGUCCUCAUGGACCUCUCUAAAAGGUUUGGACCCCAUGGAAUCCCUGUGACCAUAUUUCCUAAAAGGGAAUACAAGGAUAAACCCGAAGCCAUGCAGCUCCAAAGUAAACCAUUCCAAGACGAGGCACAGAUGAAGUGUGAAUCAAAUGCUGCAGUCCCUGAUGACUCUUCUCUCACGCAGCCAUCAGAACCUAGCAUAGCUAAAAGCCUAUGGACUUCGAAACCACCUCCUCUCUUUCACGAGGGAGCACCAUAUCCUCCUCCUUUGUUUAUCAGGGACACAUAUAACCAGUCAAUACCUCAGCCUCCGCCCCGGAAAAUUAAGCGGCCCAAGCGUAAAAUGUACAGGGAGGAACCCACUUCUAUAAUGAAUGCUAUCAAACUACGACCCCGGCAGGUCUUAUGUGACAAGUGCAAAAACAGUGUUGUUGCAGAAAAAAAGGAAAUAAAAAAAGGUGGCAAUGCAAGUGACUCUUCAAAAUAUGAGGAUAAUAAAAAACGAAGAAAUGAGAGUGUGACUACUGUGAAUAAAAAACUUAAGACUGACCAUAAAGUGGAUGGAAAAAGCCAAAAUGAAAGCCAGAAAAGGAAUGCUGUGGUCAAGGUUUCAAAUAUUGCCCACAGCAGAAGCAGAGUGGUUAAAGUUUCUGCACAAGCAAAUACUUCAAAAGCGCAGUUAAAUACAAAAAAAGUUCUCCAGAGCAAAAACAUGGAUCAUGCGAAAGCUCGGGAAGUCUUGAAAAUGGCCAAAGAAAAGGCACAAAAGAAGCAGAGUGCAACCUCCUCUUCCAAAAAUGCACAUUCAAAGGUCCACUUCACGCGGCGUCUUCAGAACACCAGCUCAGGUUCCCUCCCACCCCGAUUGCGUUUAAAGCCACAAAGGUAUCGGAAUGAAGAAAAUGACUCUUCUCUCAAGACAGGACUUGAGAAAAUACGGAGUGGCAAGAUGGCAACUAAGCCCCAGUCUCGCUGCUCCUCCACCCGCUCAGCAGGUGAGGCCCCUUCAGAAAAUCAGAGCCCCUCAAAAGGCCCUGAAGAGGCCAGCAGUGAGGUUCAGGACACGAGUGAAGUGCAUGUAACUGUUGAUCAGGAUGAACACCAGACAUUGGGCAAGAGAGGCAGCAAAAGCAAUAUAACGGUUUACAUGACCCUUAAUCAAAAGAAAUCUGACUCUUCCAGUGCAUCAGUUUGUAGUAGUGAUAGCACAGAUGAUUUGAAAUCUACCAACUCUGAGUGUAGCUCUACUGAAAGCUUUGAUUUUCCUCCAGGCAGCAUGCAUGCACCUUCCUCCUCCUCCUCCUCUUCAAAGGAAGAGAAAAAGCUCAGUAAUUCCUUGAAAACGGAAGUCUUUUCCAAAAACGUCUCUAAAUGUGUCACACCAGAUGGCAGGACCGUAUGUGUAGGGGACAUUGUUUGGGCCAAGAUUUAUGGCUUCCCUUGGUGGCCAGCCCGUAUUCUUACCAUAACUGUGAGCCGGAAAGAUAAUGGCCUUUUAGUCCGACAGGAGGCUCGUAUCUCGUGGUUUGGCUCCACAACAACAUCUUUUCUUGCUCUUGCACAACUAUCCCCCUUUUUAGAAAGCUUCCAGUUGCGCUUUAAUAAGAAGAGAAAGGGUCUUUACCGCAAGGCCGUCACAGAGGCAGCUAAGGCUGCUAAGCAGCUGACUCCCGAGGUUCGGGCCCUGCUGACACAGUUUGAAACGUGAACAUGGACAGUAAGCUCAGAGACACUAGUCAACUGCUGUUUUUAUGGAACCUCACUACACUGCCACGAAGAGCACCAGCUCAUCAGGACUGAAAGAAAUCUGAGACUGAAUUGUCCUAUUUUUCCUCUGAAAUCUUCACCAAGUAGUAAACAUUUUUUGAAGGGGAAAGGGGGUAAAUAUGUUAAAGCUCCCCCUCGCACCCUGUUAGGACACCUGUACCUAUUGUACAUUUUCUUUAAAAUUUAAAAAGAUGUUAGGAAAUAUUUUAUAAAACUUUUUUGCAAUAAAUGACGCAUGAAAUUAUUAAAGACUAUAUGACACUUACAUGCAAGGAACCACUUGAAUUAUUAGUAUGAAGAAUCACUGCAAAUAACUGGGUUUUUUUGUAAUGUGACAGUCACGUUUGUAUGUUUUGAUAGGUGCCAGUGACGGAGCCAAUUGCCUGGGAAGCUGACUGUAACUUUUGAACUUUUAUUUUAAUUCUUAACUUUAGCAUUGCAAUUUUCCAUUCUAUGAGGCUUAGUUAGUAUUUAGUGCAGGUGUUAGCAGAGCUGUGAUCUGUGAUCAAAAGCAUGUCCAAAACCAAUUGUAUUGUAACAUAUGAACAGUCCUGCUAUAUGAGACCAAUGUUUCCCAUAGAGGUGAUGGAAAGGACAGUGACCACAAACUCCGUGUAUCUCCGUAUUAUGGGAAAGCUCCUUCUGUGUGAAUAUGGUUGCAUUUUACUUAUGCUAUUGUAACACUUAGGGAAUCGAGGAUUGUGGAAUAACGUUAAGAAGGGCUACAACGCAGAGAGCAGCAUUUUGCUUAUAAUACUAUAAAAAGAUGGGAAUCAUGAAUGGAGAGUGAUUAAAUGGAAUGGCAUUUCUAUUUCAAAUCAUGGGUUAAUUUUUCCUUUUGACAUAAAUAUUUUUCAGAUAGGUAACUAGUAGAGCAAAGGUUUUCUUAGUGUUUCUGAUGGUUGUUGAUCUGAGUUGCAUUGACUUCUUUGAAUAGCUGUGAAUCAAAAAAAGAAACCCAGUGGGUUUUAUCCAUUUUAUUCCCCUCCCUCAAAGGUGUUCGGUAAGACUUACUUCAGUGGAGCUUGUGAAGGCUGGACGCGCUGCUGAAAUCUGAGUUAUUAAAUAUUAAUUUAUGUGUCACUGAUUAUUGACAUUGUGUGCACACUUUCUCAGCAGUAUCAUUUCUUACAAAGUUCUUAGCAGGGGAUUUAUUAUAUAACCUGGGAAAAGAAAUACUUGUUUUGAAGAAAUGAAAAGGUGCACAUAUUCUACUAAAAGUCAAAUUUUUGUUUCUUAUAGAAGUGAAAAGACUUGUGGUAAACUCUUUUCCUCCUUCCUAAUAUCCUGUUUCGAUUGGAGAAACUAGAGUGUCUUUUGUCUGGAUCAUUUGAAAACAGAGACGCCUUUCUGAGAGGCGUCUGUACCAGCACAAGGCAGUUUCACAGCCUUCGUGUAUGGAGCCUGAAUUAAUCACGUAGAAUUUGAGGUUAGGACAACUCUAUUGUUUGGCUUUGAUAUUGGCAACAGGUGAAACAAAACUUGUGAAACAAUCGGAGAGGGGGGAAGUGAGAGGCUGGGACGGGCAUCCGCAUCCAGGAUAGGCACAUCAGCAGUACACACAUACGGAGGCCGUUCGUGCUUCGUGUUAGCUCAGUUUCUAUUUUUCAGAGAUAAAUUCUUUAUUUACAAAGCCAGAAAUUGAAUAUUUACUGCCUACUUAUUAAAAAACAGCUGUAUAAUGUGCUAUACAGUAAAUUCAAAUUGUACCAUUUCUGAGAAUAAACUACGUUAUUUUUUUUUUUAAUUUGAAAUUAAUAUUUCUUCUACAGUGCUUUUCUUUUUCGCCAGUUGAAGAGGAUUGGCAGUUUGGUCCUGUUUGUGGCCUGAGAUUUGACUACAAAUUAGAAGAAUUAAGACAUCCGAUUUGAGGAUAGGGGAAGCGAUUUGAUGUGGUGUCUGUGCUAGCCUUUCACCUCCAGAGACCAAACCCCGAUUGUAUUGACAAAGAAUGAAGGUCUUGGCCUAGUAAAUUACAUUUUUAACACACCCCCACUCCACCCCCCCAAAAAAAAAAAACCCAAACAGAAAAUAACCACCAAACAACAUGGCACAAAACAGUUUCUGCUCAGGAAAAAGGCCCGGGACUGUAAUAGCAGGGUUAUUGCACAUGGGAUUGAAAACUGAUUGAUGUUGUAAGUAGAAGCCAGUAGUGCCUGCCUGUGUGACAUCCGACUCUCAGCCAGUGCUCUUAUUUCCUCACCUUCCCGAGCACGUCUGCACAGCAGCUGAAAUAUAAAAAAAUACGCUUAAGAGAGAUGCAGGUCUCUGCAUUGGAGAAUAUGGGUAUAUAAGCAAAUAGCAUAAAAAUAGACAAGGUAGCUAACUGUAUUUGUGUUUGUUUUCACAGAAAGUAUUGCAGCCAUUUUGUUGGAAACCAGAUUUUCAUUUUGAAAUGAAAUUGUCAGGGAUAUUCUAAUGAUAGAGAAUUACAGUAAUGUAUUGCUUUUCACUUUUUUGCUUUAGUUGCUUAAUAUUUAAGCUUUGCUCCGUGCUACCUUCUUGUCUGUAUAUUGAAUGGUCACUAUGCCUCUUUCAUUUUGUAGACUUGAAUGAGGAAAAUAUGAUUCACCCUUUAAGGUUUGCUGGGAAGUAAAUGAUAAAGAAUGUUGUGUAACAUUUAUUCAAAUAAAGCCUUGAUUUUUUUCAGUGCUCUUUUAAAGGGAAAUAAUGUUGAAUAAUGUUUUGAUGUCAUAACUUCCUUGUUUUAUCAGUCCUUGACCCA